UGGCUGAUGUUCCGCUGAAACCCCUCUGACAACAUUAAUGUACCUAAGAGGCAAACUCAGACAUCUAGUAACGUCGUGCAAGGAUUGCUUUUUCUUGUUUGCAAAUAAGGAGCUUUUGUCUUUUUAAGGGGUUUGAAUCAACUAUAAACAGUUGUUUCCCACCACAGAAUCCGUGUUUCUUGUUGUGAACUUGUAUACAAGUGUAGUAGGGUUUUACAAAGUAGUCCGGGGUCUUUGCAACUCCUUUUCAACAGCGUGAUCAAAAUGUCUCGAUCGCCUUCUCAAGGAUCAAAUAAGCCACCACGGAGUGGGGGACAAUCAGCCUCUCGACAAUCUGAUAAAGUGGCAUUGCAAUCUGCAAAAUCAAGUUCUGGUAAACACUCGGCUUUAUCAGGAAAGAAUCCAGCAGCGAAGUUUAAAGGUGCAUGAAAAGACAACAUACACAUCACGCGUCAAUGCCAAAACAGCUGCAAUGAGGAAAAUAGGUGACGACAAUGAAGAUGACUUUGUUGAAGAGGAGAAAAAGAAAGACAAGGAUGGAGUGAUUGCAGUCAAAGAUGACCCUCAAUUUACAUUGGCAAUUACAAGAGAUCGCCAUGUGGAGAAAGAAAAUCUGGCAGAUUUCAUUUCUAAGAAAAGGGAGAUGUUUCUAGUCCAGUAUUCUUUAGGUGUGAAGCGUGAUGAAAUGAGGAAACUGGAAGAAAUUGCCCAGGCAGAAGAAAAGAAACUUGAACUUGCCGAGCAGUACCUUGAAGAAGAUGCUGCAAUGUUUGAUGAGUUUUUAAAAGAAAAUGACAAAAACUCAGUCGAAGCUAUCAAAAUAGCUGAGGCUGAAACAAAGCUUAAACUUGAAAAAGUGGCUGAGAUUAAAAAAAUAAAUGCUCAAAUGAUGGCAAUAAAGAGUGAAAUAUCUAAAAACGAGGACACUCUCAAAGAGUAUAUGUUGUACAAACAGUUCCUGGAUUCCCUUACUCCACAGGAGUGGAAAGAUGAUAAGAGAAAAGCCAAAGAGGAGAAAAAGAAGGCAAAACAGAGGGACAAAAGCUCAGUAUCAAAAAAGAGAAUUUCCAUAAUCAGCUCAGACAGAAACUCCAGUCGUGGUAGCCGUAAAGAAAGUAGGGCCAGCUCUAAAUUAGCGGGAAGUCCUUUAGUGAAGAUGCAAAGGAGUGAUGCAGAAGACAGUCCAGCCUCUGUUUACGAAACUGACGAAGAGGAGAGCGAUACUGAGCCAGACUUGUUUUUUGGCGAUCCUCAGCAGCUUCUCGACAUCUUUGCCGAACUAGAAGAACAAAAUUUAUCUCUGAUUCAGAACAGUCAAGAAACCGAAGAAGCCCUGGAGGAACUUCGACAGACAAUUAAACAGACGCAGGAACGAAUGAACCGCGAAACAGAAAUUCUCAAAGGCCAGAUAGACUUUUUGAAUGAUGCCAUAAACAGAGAGGAAGAGAGAGCAAAGGAACUGGAAAUGAAAUCAAAAAUGUUCUCAUAUGGAGAAUUUAAAGCAGAAGACCAGGAAAAAAUGCUUCAAACGUUGAACAAGAAAGUCGAAGAGGUUUAUCGGAAUUGUAUAGGAGAUAACGAAGCCAACAUAAGCACCCUUCAGAUGCUGACUAAUAUUGAAAAUCGCCUGGAAGAGCUUUUUGAACAAAUCGAAGUUAUGCCACCGGACCGAGUGGAAAUGGCAGAAAAGGCAAAAGAGAAAGAUCGACGCUUACGUCUUCGUGAAGAGAAAAUGGAACUACAAAGAUUGCAUCAAGAGGACCGGGUGAGGAGAGCCCUGGAACGAGCUCAAGCUGAACCGAAGAAAAAGACUGGUAAACCACUGAUGUUCCGCUCAGAACCACCGCAGACGCGAAGAAAGCAGCAGGAUGCCGACAAGAAACAAGAUAAAGAGGAAGAGGAACUGAAAUAUUUUUUUACAUAAAACUCUCAACAGCUGUAGACUCCUUGAAAUUUGUUUCUUGCAAAAAAAUAAAUUUUUGUUUGUAUUGAACCAACUGGAACGCGAAACAAAACAAAGUCACACGAGUUCGAGAUAAUUUGUCACUGGCUUUGAUUUAAAUCAACCUUUUGUAAAUUGUAUAUACAUGCAUGUGAAAUGUUUAAUAAACAACAAGCAGAUUUAUGGUCCUAUUGCACCAUUACAAAAUUCCUUCGUUAAA